AUGCAUCUACUCAAUGUCCACACGCGGAAGCUCGAGUACUUUCUGGGCAGCUCGGUGCCCGAAUACGCCAUCCUGUCUCACACCUGGGGCCCCCACGAGGCCAACGGCAGGUGGCCAAGAACGGUCCGCGUCCAGACGAGGAGCCACGAGCGGCGGCAUCUGCGAGAGCCCGGUCAUGCGAAGAUCGACAACUGCUGUCACCGUGCCAAACAAGAUGGCCUCGAUUACGUCUGGGUCGACACUUGCUGCAUCGACAAGAGGAGCAGUGCUGAACUCUCGGAGGCUAUCAACUCAAUGUUCAGCUGGUACGCCAAGGCUGCCGUCUGUUAUGUCUAUUUGGUUGAUGUUCAUCCUUCACGUCAGCUUCAGGAGGUGAAAUGCUCCCGUUGGUUCGCACGUGGCUGGACGCUCCAAGAAUUAAUUGCUCCACAAUGUCUGGCGGUGUUCGAUGUAGGCUGGAACUUCAUUGGACCACGGCUGACGGCGCUACUGGCUCACAGCUCGGGCAUACCCUUGGAGUUCCUGUGGGAUGAAGACUUUUGGCACGCUUCUGUGGCGCAGCGCUUGAGCUGGGCCUGCAACAGGGAGACAACACGCAAAGAGGACAUAGCGUACUGCCUUCUCGGCAUAUUCCGCGUUUCCAUGCCACUGCUGUAUGGCGAAGGUUCCAAGGCAUUCGAAAGGCUUCAGAAGGAAAUCAUCAACAUCUCGUCAGACCAGACCAUCUUCGCAUUC